CAACUGAGGCUGUCUCCCCUCUGCGCAUCACUAGCUGUUAUCUUCUCACAUGACUUGACCAUGGUUCACGUGCACGCGCUUUCUAUAAUGUAGUGCACGAGACAACGCAGAUCUGCGUUAACGGGUCUGUAGCCGCUCGAACCGCGUUGUUUUUUCCACAAUGAUUUGCUUGCGGGAUCUCUGCAUGUGCACCAAGACCACUGGUUUGAAAGUCAGCAGGCUUUGUCAUGUUGUGAUGUAACUGUGUGUGUGUGUGUUUGUGUGUGUGUACAUUUGCGAAGACCGGUUCAGUUCAGAAGGCUCAUCCCGCAGCAGGUGGCACAACAUGAAGAUCAUCUUCUUGUGAUUGUGAGUGAAUACUGUAGCUACCGAAGACUCACCUGAGGGAACAUUGGAUGUGAGACAAGGGCAAUAAUCUCCUAGAGCUUAAGAGACAGUGAUUUGCAAUGCUCGGCCAGUCUCCUCACCUUAUCGGGGGGAUCCUGUGGAUCCAGAAUCCAAUGAGAGCUGUUCACUGCAACCUGAGCCAAAAUGGCAUCGAACACCAGAUGUGCCCAGAACACGUGGAAUCACAGCUCGAUGAAGAGGAGGAGUCAGUGGAUGGCCCGCCAAUGCUGCUGGAUGACGACAGUCCGAGUUACCCGGACAUCAGCCCCGCCAUUUUCCCGGGCCGUUUGCCGCCACAUCGCUCAGUCUCCGAGUCUGAGCUCACGCGGCCGGGAUAUGUGAAGCUGUCCAAACCAGUGGCGCUGUGGACCCAACAGGAUGUGUGCAAGUGGUUGAAGAAACACUGUCCAAACCAGCAUCAGAUCUACAGCGACUCCUUCAAACAACAUGAUAUCACAGGGCGGGCUCUGAUGAGAUUGACUGACAGAAAACUGGAGAGAAUGGGUAUCAUGCAGGAGGCCGAGAGGCAGAACAUCCUGCAGCAGGUCCUGCAGCUUCGUGUCCGGGAGGAAGUUAGGACCCUUCAGCUUCUCACACAAGGAUCCCUGGAGUGCGCCCCAUCUUCACCGUAACCUGACGGAACACUCACAGGAGCACGCAAAAUGACCAUCACCUUGGCAACCAGACCACCUGUAUGUGACCCCCGCCCCCACACCCAGACCUCCUCCUGGACCUAAUACAGCUCCCAUCCGUGGGAAGAUGGAGAACAAUCUCACACAUUCUUCCCAGCCGCUCCUGAAAGCCACCCCGCAAGUCCUGACCUGCUGUUUCCUCGCAGCAUUCUGGAAUCUGACCAAUAGUUUCCAUUCCACGCAUCAAAUAUCAACUCAUGAUUGACCUUUUCGGCAAAAUCACUCACUAAAAAAGCAGAUUUUUCAACCCUUUCUGCAAGGCAAUGAGGUCCCGGCUGCGCGUCCUUAACAAGACACAGACAUGUUGUCUCCCUCAUGAUAAUAUGGUACUUGGCUGGCUAUUACUUAUCCAAAAGGCUCUUUCCCUCUUACAGUAACACCUUAAAUCCACUUCUCAAAACUGUCACUCAAACUUCACUGUUGCGCUUGAAGGUUUAUGUUCCCCCACGGGAAGGCUGGCCCUUAAUCCAACUUAGGGCUUUUGUCAAGUGGGAAGUCAAUUACUGUUCAUAAAUCCUUCAUUCUUCCUCUAAUUGUAUCCCCUUUACCGCAAACGGGUGACAUAUUUUACACAACUACAGUAUGUCCGUGUGUUAUGUUGUCUCUCUGUCUGUGCAAAGUUGCUUCAGACAGUGUUCGACGCCACCAUCGUCAAAAUACUGUCAGGGUGCAGUGUCGUUACGGACGUUAGCUUACAAAACAACCGCAUUUUUGGAGUCUGAAAAUGCAAACGGUUGAUCAGAGUGGAGGUUUUUGAAAACAACAAAUGGGGGACAAUGGGUUCUUAUAAUAAUACAGUGGCACUUUGGCUAGCGUCGUUAAUCUGUGCCAGAAGGUCCGACUCAAGCCGAAAAUUUGAAAGAGGUUUCCCCGUAAGGAAUAACACAAAUCCAAGUAAUCGGUUCUGAACACCCAAAUAUGUUAACACAGAACACUUUUUUCUAGUCUUACAAUUAUGGUUUUACAUGCAUAAAGUCAUUCUAAGUGCAUAUAAAUGUGAAAUGAAAGGGAUAAAUGAACAUUUAAGGUGACUCUUACCUUCAUGGAAGACAUGAUUGUUGACAAAGACGGCGUUGAUCGACACAGGUACCACCUUUUGCUUUGUUUCGUGAAUUCAGUAGUGUUUCAUGAGAAAAGCAGAGACUUGUGGCAUAACUACGUUAGCUAGCAAAGAACCACAGCGUCAAACGUUGAUGAUGUCAUAGACGAGUGACGGAGCUGUGGGACAAUGACUUCCGGGUGCUGUUUCCAUGCUAACACGAUGCUAACAAGGACAUUUUGUGAUAAAAGUAGGUUACAAACGCAGUCGGCGUCCCGCAGUGUAUUAAUAACCGUGUUGUACGCUACCUGGGAAAUGUGUUUUUUGACGUAAACCAAAAAAUACGCUAACUGAGGUUCCACUGUAAUAUGAAACGUACAUUUAACGCACCUCGUGCUGCGGGGGCAGCGAUUUACUCAACUACGGUAAAGUAGUAAUGAUGUGGGAUUAAAAUAUGACAGUAUUGUUACAUGUACACAUCUGUACGCAGCGUGCUUGUGUGUUGUUUCUUUCCAAACGACAGGGAAAUGACUGUUUUCAUUCAUUUGUGCAGAUAACUGACGUUCCAACGGUUUCUACAAAGCCAUGUCGUGGAAUCCGACCCUUAAAAAGGGAAACAAUCACAGCCAAGCAGCACAGUAGGUAUACAGUGGAUCCCCGCACAGUCACGAUGCAGCAUUCGACUCCCUGUGAAUUUGUCAAAACAUUUUUUUUUAUAUUUCUGUAUUCCCCUGAGAAUAGGCCGUUUUUCCCCACAGAAAACACAUCACAUUCACUCUAAGUUGGUUUAUAAAUAUGUGAUAAUACUGGUAUGUACACCAUAACGGUACGGUAUCCUUGCGGUUUGUUGCGUACCUCGGUAUUAAGGUCGCUUUUCGGUUCAUUUUCAGUGCAGUAUUCUCUAUUGAAUAAGGUUUUCAAGUUAAAAUAUAGUCCGAAAUGUAUCCCUCGCCGCUUUGUGACGUCACUAUAUUACGGUUUUUCAAAAUAAAUAAAUUAACAAAUUAUCCCUGUUUUGUGGUUGACUAGAACCUAUUAUUAGUAGAAAAAAAUGCAUGUUUAAACACAUUUUACAUAUUUUUGACCUAACUUAAGCAUUUUCAAGCGUAAAAAUGAACAAAAAUAUCAAUACAAGGCAUUCAAGAGUCAUAAAAAUACUGUCUCCUGGACUGUAGCCACCUCUUCACCUUCCUGACAGGGAGAAUAUUGAAGGAAAAAAGCAAUAUGCAUGGAAAAUAAAGCCAUCAGCACUUUUGCGAGUUUUGGUCCAAGUCAGAUCUUAUCCCCGAUUUAGAUCUAAAUUAGCUACUAAGCAGUGAGGUGCGGUCAGGGGAGGCAGGUGCCAGAUGAUGGAAAUUUAAAAACCAAAUAACAACAUAAAAUAGAUAUUUUAACACUUUUUUUUGUGGACAUUUCAGGGGAAGCUGAGCUUCCCUUGCAGUUCAGAGAUGCAGUAUCCUACACUGGCCGCUAGGUGUCAGUAAUGUUACAUUGAUGACACCAUAGCCACCAGGAAGUGCGCUGUUCGGAAGCAAAAAAACAAGGAACUCUCCCAGUGCUAACAUGCGAGUCCAUGGUAUGUCUAAUAUGUCUUAUGUUCUGUUAUUAUGUCUGCUAUAUUGGGUAAUACGAGUGUUAGGUGACUAUAGGGGUGUUAUUUCAUGUCCAGCGGGUUCUAUUAAUGUUAUAAACCAUAUUUAGAAGGCCGUAAACGGGUUUUCUAUGCUCUACUUAUGAAAAUAUUCCAUUUAUAAAUAAAGAAUAGUACUUUGCGGAAAAUCAGUUAUCCCGGUCGGGUCUGGGACCAAUUAACCGCAAUAAACGAGGGAUUAAUGAAGAUGUAUUUGUUACACCCCUAGUCUUUAUGCGUCACUGAUCAUGUUUUUUCAUGAAACGCUGAAAUCUCGCACUUUGUUCGCUGAUCCGUGAAUGCGCCGUAGUCGCUGUGAGGCUCGCCAGCCCGCGACCGCGACUCAUCUGUUCGUCGGUCAUCAUCAUCGGUCAUUAGCGGUGAGUAUCUCUUUAUUUUAUACUUUAAAAUGCAUUUAAUGUGUCUGAGGAAUAUUUAGGGCUUAAACCUUGAGGCAUUUAGCUUGUUUGUUUCCAUCACUAGUGAACAAUGGCAAUUGAAGAGAGAGGAUUCUGGAGCUGACCCUAAACUAGUCAUUACAACACUUUUAUGGUAAAUUUUCUUAUGAAAUCAGAGAAAAACAUCAACAUGAAGCUAGUCGGACAGUUUGGACGGGUAGGAGUGAGGCGUUUGUGAAAAUUGACAUUUUUAUGGAAUGUAACGCGCGGAAAGCGGGGAUCUACUGUAUUCGAGAUACGAAAGCAACAUGAAGGAUACGAAACAGACGUGAAACAUGAGAAGGAAAUAUCCCUUGGUGUCACCAAAACCCCUGUCCAAGUAGGUAAACACAUCCGGCACCCCCGAGGUGUGACUGAAACCAAACCGACUUGAAAUUCUCUGCCGUUAAUGUGGAGAGCAAAAGAAGAGACAUCAGAGACAGCCUUUUUAUUUCCUGACAGGUCUCUGUACGGCUUUGCUGCAGAUGUUGUUUUGUCCGCUUCUCUCUCAAACCAUUUUAGGUGAGCUUACAUGGAAAGAAGCGAAACAAGCUGUCAUUGAAAUGUCUUCUACUGUUGUCAUAUUUAUACGAAGAGAAACUGUGUUGUCUACUGUACGUGAUGGCCGCUCACUGUUAUAUAACGAUGUAUCUUUACUAACCCUAAAAGCACACGUGUCUUGUCCUGAAAGCAAACAGCUGUGUGUGACUGUUCAUACAUUACAUGUAGCAAACAACCUCUAAACAGCUUCCACAAAUAUCGAUGUACUGGAAUGAUGUUUAUAAAAAGCUGAAGUCCAAUCCUGUUCAAGGGUGACUUCUUUCCUUUCUGGGACCGGAGCUGCCGAUCACAAAAGAAUGGUUGGAAAGGGGAAGAAGGGAGGGAGGCUUCACAUGAGAGCCAUUUCAUUUUAAUGGAAUUCCAUUUGUUUACACGUCCUUGUGUGUCCGCUCAUUCGUUUUCGGGAUGUAGCAGCUGUAGACUAAUGCAGGAAAGACCUGCUCGCUGAUCGAAUAGUAUUGAUCAGGUCUCCGGGACGUACAGUCGGUCCUGCGGGAUUACAAAAGCCUCAAGGUGUGUGUCACUGUGUCCACAUUGCAGUGGAUAGAGUUGUUUAGGCUGAAACGCAAGUGGCUAUUUCACGGUCGGUCAGAGAUGUCAUGUCAGUUUCUAUCAAUGCAGCACGACGGAAAUGGUAAAUGGACUUUCUCUUGUAUAGCGCAGUUCUACCUUCAAGGUGCUCAAAGAACUGUGACGUGGUUAGCAUAUUUACCUACGGGAGCAAGGAUACUUUACGGCAGUGGUUUCCAAAGCUUUUCACAGUCUCGUUUGACCUGAAGCCACGGAUCCUCCACUCCUAAAAAAAAACAAAAAAAAAAACACAAUAAGCACACAAAAACAUCUUUACCCUGGAUUAUUCCUCACCUGUUCAUUCUACAGUGGUGUGAAAAAGUAUUGCGGGGUCUUUUGUGACCCUUUGGAUGAGUCAUCGCUGCGCUAUUGGGGUCAUUUUGACCGGCCGGGCACUACUGGGAAGGUUCACCACAGUUCCAUUUUCUGGCCAUUUGUGGAUAAUGGCUCUCACUGUGGUUCGCUGGAGUCCCAAAGCUUUAUAACCUUUUCGUGACUGAUAGAUCUUAAGUUAUGUUUUAACGGGGCACACAGUCGGGGGGAUUUUUCGAUUGCGCUUGGAUUUUUUUUCUCCCUUAAUGAUAAAAACGCAGGAGUCAUAUGUACUGUGUAUACGUAUUCUUAUGUAUUUUUCUUCUGUAUAUGUAUUCUUUGUCGUGUAUGCUUUUACAAGGAAACAACAGGAGGGAAACUUUCCACCAUGGAUUUGGCUGCGAUUUUCCAUCAGCUUUGUGAUCUGGAAACUGUGCCAAGAUGUCCGAGAUUCCGUGCAGACCCGCCUCCCAGCACCUGAUAGAGGUUUGGCACGUACACGGGGUUGGUAAUAGUGCGGUAUUACACAAGGGAGGAAGACCACACUCAACCUUGCACAACACGACUGCAUGGAAACGUUCACUCAUGCGGGCAAACGCGUACCGAAUACACAAGUGCACGGUGACAGAAUGCACAGACACUGAGGCAGCGAAAGGUCAAGCAUGAAUGAACAUUGAAGCAAACACAAUCUAAAGGGAAAAGUAAAUCUGGGUUUUAUUUGUUGACAUCGUGUUUUAUCUCCGGUCUUAAAGGUUUGCAUACAAAGUCCACCCGCUUCCAUUUACUAUGUUUACAUAUCCUAAAGAUAAACACAACACAACACAAUACAAAUAAUUGGGAUUCAUGGUAAAACACAGCAACUGGAAAAACACAUCCAUUAUCCAGUCAAAGGGCCAUUCCGCUGAAUCUGUGCCAUUUUCGUGUUGUAACUCUUUCAGAAUAAACUUACAUUUCUUUUUUAUCAACUCUAAAUCUGAUAAUACACAUUUGAACAACUUAAGAUAUGUGUUGGCCCAUUUCAGGCAACUAUUUAAUUUUUGUAUAUACCGACUAAGCCAAGUUGACUCAUUUAAGUAGCAGGAUUGAAAGUAACGAGUAAAAAGAAGGAAUAAUAACAAUAACAACAACAACAAUAGUAGUAUAGUAUAAUAGUAACAAUAAUAAUGAUAAAUAAUAAUAAAAACAUUCACACAUUUACCGAUUUCUUAUUUUUUUUGUAUGUUUGUCACAGGUAAAUGUUUCAGGUCAUCAAACUAAUUUAAAUAUUAGUCAAUGACAACACAACUGAACACAAAAUGCAGUUUUUAAAUGGAACUUUUUAUUAUUAAGGGAGAAAAAAAAGGGAACGCACCCUUGUUAAAACAUAACUUAACUGAGAUUAAUUGAGAUCUAUCUGUGUGGAAAAGGUUAUAAAGCCAUU